CCCUUGUCUAGAGCAACGCACAAGACAUCAUAUUGUACCAUGAGGGUACCCUGGUAGCUAUCGUCUUCUUCCUUUCCCAUCUCCUGAUCCGACACUUUCAGGCCACUUCUCAGUGGAUUCGUACAUCCCGAGCCAAAUAGUACAUGCCAAAUAAUAGAUGUACUCAACUUAUAUGUGUAGGACGAGUUGAACAGCACUUCGUACUUGUACUUGCAAGCCUACCUUACCUGAUCCGAUUACAUACUACCUACAUAGCACUCUACACAUUCAUCAAGACAGCAGCAGGAUAUACCAGAAAAUUCAAAACGGUGAACGUUCCAUGGAUAGAUGCCGCAGUGAAGAUUCAUGCCGGAAACACGAUAUACUAGGCUUGGUUCGAAGAGGCAGGGUGCGCCAGCUGAGUGGCGGCCGGAUCCCGCGUUAGCACACAAGCCCCUAACAUGAG